AUGGCCAUCUAUUCCUCCUUCAUGGAUCCAGAUCCAUGGGAAGAGUUGCAGGUGGGGAAGGUGUGCGGAUUGGGCAGAGCGAUGAUGGGGAGAGGUGUGCGGAUUGGGCAGAGCGAUGAUGGGGAGAGUGAUAUCAAGGUCAUUGCCUUCCGGAAGAAGCAGAGGCUAGUCCUGGGCUCAGCAUUGAGGAUGGAGAAGGACCAGAGUCAUGAUUAUGGACCGGUAAAGAAGUCUGGUGACUUCAUGGCACUGAACAAGCAUUCCGGUGUGUCUGGAGGACAGAGCAGCAGCCACAGCCCCAUCUCAGUGCCUUCACUUUCCUUCCUGACACCUGAGAGGAACAAGAAGAAGAUUCUAGAAGUCACCCAGAAGAUGAUUGAGCUGCUGACGGGAGAGGUGAGCGGCGCCGGGAAUUCUGGGACAUUAUCCAGUAACAGAAAUGGAUCCAGUAACAGAAAUUCCCCAGAGAGACGUCCCCGUCCUCUGUAUUCCCGGGACUCCACACAGGAACAUCAGGAGAUCCCUCAGGAGGAUCAGAAAGAAAAACUGACUGAAUAUAGGAUUGAAGACAGAGAAGAAGAGACGUACAUGAAGGAUGAUGAGCAGGGUGAGGAGGAAAUUCCUUCAGAUACAACAGGGAAAUGUUCAUCUCUUUCGAACUUCCAGGAGAGCCUCAAGAUUCCAUGGAACUCUCAGGGUGAAACUCUGAUUAAUAUUAAAGUGGAAAAUACAGGGGAUGAAGAAGAACCGUAUAUGAUGGAGGAUGAUCCAUGUAAGAAGGAGGAGAUCCCUCCAGAGAUCAGCACAGGUGGACAUCCCAACAAGGGAACCAUGGAUGAGGACCCUCUUAUUUCCCCAGAUUGUGAAAUAGAAGUUGAAAUCACGUUUGACUCCCCAGGAGAGGACCUCAUUACCCCAAAUCUCCAUCCAGUGCUUCAGAGGGCAAACCUGUCCCCCGUUCCCUCUACACAUGGUUUUCCUGAUCUCUCCCUUCCCGUCGCACAUCCUACAGCCCACACAGGGGAGGAAGCUUUCACAUGUAACGAGUGUGGGAGAUCUUUUGAAAAGAGAGCGAGGCUCAUUGUGCACCAGAGGUCCCACACAGGGGAGAAGCCAUAUUUGUGCUCCGAUUGUGGGAAAUGUUUUGCGCAAACAUCACACCUUUUCAGGCAUGUAAAAGUUCACUCGGAGAGAAAACCGUUUUUGUGUUCCGAGUGCGGAAGGUCCUUCAAGGAAAAAGCCCAUCUUUUACGACACCAGAAGAUCCACACGGGAGAAAAGCCAUACAUCUGCCCUGUGUGCGGGAAACACUUUCGUGAAAAGGCAAAUCUUAUACAGCAUGACAUAAGCCACACGGGCAAUUAUCCGCAUAGUUGUCCCGAGUGUGGGAAAUGUUUUCUAAGCAAGUCACGUCUUGAUAUCCACCAAAUGAGCCACUCGGGAGAAAAACCAUAUUCUUGCCCCGAGUGUGGAAAAUGCUUCUUGCACAAGUCGGUUUUUGUAAGACAUCAAAAAAUCCACUCACUAGUGAAGCCGUAUAUCUGCUCGAUGUGCGGGAAAUGCUUUAAGUAUCAAUCGCAUCUCCGCAGACAUGAGAAGAACCAUGAAGGGGUGAAUUCACAUUCCUGUUCAGAUUGUGGGAGGAGUUUCUCAAGUAGACAAGCUCUUAUCUCCCAUCAGAUUACACAUUUGACAUCUUAUUGUGAUUCUGAGGUUGUGCCUUCAUUUAUAGGUUGAGUUAAUCUUCUGGACUAUCGUAUUCCUAGCGUACCAACAAGAAGAUCUCCCUGCCAUCAUUCCUGGUACAUUUACUUCCAAUUAGGAGUUGUGGGCGUUUAUCACACCUCAUGGUAAUCCCUCCCCUCUUUUCAUUGUCCAAAAUCCACCAUGGAACCUGAUAGGAUGGUCAUGUGGUCACUGUGACAGCUGCUCGCAUGAUAAGGAAGCCCUGGCAGAUACACUUAAAGUGCCAGCAUGAAGGGGUUAUUAACCACUUGCCGCCCGCCAAUGACAGAUUGACGGCGGGAAAGUGGUUGUAGAAUCCUGACUGGACGUCA